AUGCACAAUAUCCGUGCUUGGCGCAAGGUACGGCUUGUGCGCGAGUGUCGCGGAAGGGGUCUACCUACGACGGGGAAUAAGAAGGAGCUCGUGCAACGCAUUUUGGACAGUGUUGAGGAACACGUCACGCCGGCUUCUGCAGAGCUUCACGCUGUGGAACCUCGUCGUGCGCAAGGUUUGGAGGGCCGGCCAUCUUUUCUCAUUCGCAACCGCGCUCAGGUCCAGCGCGCUGGAGAGCAGGCAAAGGUGUCAGCAACUGAACACGAGUCAUCGCAAGAACUACCUGAACCCCAUCACAGUGGAGUAACAUUCGUUCCUCCUCCCGCUGCAAAAACUGACUCGCCAAACCCCAGUCCAUCUGGGCAAGAGGACGUAGAACCAGACGCCCUCCAGACUGGAAAACGUGGCAGAAAGGAUGACACUAAUCAACAGAUUGACCGGAGCGAAAGGGACGCGCAGACAGAUGAUGCACACGAGACGCGCAACGAUGAACACAGGACGCAAGAGAGAACAGAAUAUCAUCUUCAAGAUGGAGUAACCGUUCGCUUGCGCGACCAACCUGAUGAGCCUGGUGCCCUCGCACCCGCCAGUGAACUUGUCCAACAUUUAAGGCGCAACAAUGGACAAGCACUAACUCAUAUCGCGACGGAACCUGCAGCUGAGUCCGCUUCCGACACCCGCCAAGAGCAAGAUGUGGAGGAAGGGGCUGAGCUCAUUGAAAAGAAAUAUAUGUCUCACGCACAGAAGGGGGCGACAAGUGACGGGGAAAACGCAGGAGCGGGUGUGAAGAGUGCACCGACUGACAAUCCGAGGAGACAUGAUUUUUCGCAUAAAUCCUCUGGGGGGCCCGCCUCUCUACCAGCUAGUCAGCCUUUCGGUCUAAAAUUUGAGACAAUUGCAAAGCAGUCGCAACCUGAACCAACAUUUAAAGAACUCCACUCCUCACGUGUUGUGGAGAACAGCCGUGACGACACCGCCAGUGUUGAAACACCGCAAAACAAGUUGCCGAAGAUGGGGCAGACUUUUGGUCUUCCUAUGGGCGCAUCCAAUGCUUCCCCUGCAACCAAACCCGAGCCUGCACGGGCAUCGCCGGCAGAUGUGCAACCUGCAGCACGUCGGGAGAACAGUCCGUUUUCCGAGUCUCCGCUGCCGACACCGCGUUCGCCAAGUGUGAAAGGAGACGAUGGUUCAUCUACGGCAGCACCAGUCUCGCAUGGGCCAGAAGCGAUCGCAGCUUCCGUCAGAGCCCAUGUGGACGGGGAGAGAGAAACUGCUCAUGACAGUCCACUGGAAUCCCAUGCAGCACCCGACCUGCUUCCGCCCAGUUCGAGAAUGGAUGGAAAUGAUGCGUCCGAGGAACCUACUGCGACGAAUCAAUCCCCAGAUCGUGUUGCUUCGGACGUCGAUGAUGUAGAGCCGGAACGUGCCCAAGAGCUUGCUCCCUUUGAGCCCCACGACUUUGCUGACGCGUCAGCGCAAAUGCCACAGGCCCACCACAGUAUGAACACCGGCGAAGAGCACGAAUUGUUCGGGAACACUGUCAGAGACGGAGAGUUUAACAGUGAGGAAGAGGAGCCACGCAUAGAGGAUGUACAGAUGUCUAGCGGGUCCUCCGCGGGAGAGCUACCGUCGGAGGACAAUGAAGUUGGUGGCGCUACGAAUGACCACGUAAGCGACGGGGCUGGGGAUCCUGUAGAUGAAGUUGUUGAGAUCAGUCCCUCGAGUUCUGAUGGUCAUCAGGACGUCCAUUCAGGUGAUUCCAGAUCCUCCCCAGGAUCUGAGCCCGAGGCAGCUGGCAGUGACCAGCUCUCUCCCUGUGGGUCGUACAAUUCUAGCUCUGCUCCGCAGAGCGGUCCCAGCCCAAGAUCAGGUGCAUCCAGCCCUCCACAGGCCACGGAGGAGAUUGAAGAAAACGCACGCGGCAGCUCGUCAAACGAAGGAAGACGGUCGUCAUUGUCCCCGCUUGGGGAGAUUGGCAACACACCUGCAACUGGAGGUCUAAUGACCGAGCACAUCGGAGGGACGGACAGGUUUGAAACAGCGCUCGACUCUCGCGGUGCAGCACAUGCUGAUGCCAGCGGAGAUGGCGAUCAGGAGAUUAUGCCUGCACACUCCAAUGAUCGAGCUUCAAGCCCUGAGAAGAUGGACACUGGCUUAAUUGCUGAACAAAUCGGCGCACCGGAGGAAGCGGGAACAAAUGCAAGACAUUCUGCAUACGUUGCGGGGGGUACAAAUGAAUCCCCUUACAACGAGAGUCGCCGAGGCCAGCAAUCUCUUCUCGGUCUUUUCAAAACAGGUCGAAAUACGUUGACGUCCGCACGUGGCAGUGGUCCUGGAGCUGUGCAAACACAUGGGCCGGAAGAGGUCUUGCCCAUGGCACAAAAUGAAAGCGGUACGGUCUUGGAUUCAUCAAGAGUACGGAUGCCGAAUGAGCCAAAGGUUGUCUUGGUACAUCAUGGAGGCGGUGUAGACGCUGUCCGGAAAAAUGCUGCAGCUCCGUUUAGGAGCUUCAGCCGCCUUCGCAAGUCAUCGGCGGAUGGCAAGGCUUUCGGGAAAGGGCAUUUUAACGCUUUCCAAACUUCUCGUGGUGGUAAGUAUGAUUGGCUGCCCAUGUCUACAGUGCACGACAAGCUGAAGGUAAACGUUGGACGCAUAUCAAAAACAUCCCAACUGCGAUCAAAAAAAUAUGAAAUAAGCUCUCAGGUGCAGACCGACGACAUUAGGCCUAUCCGCACUGAGUCGGAAGCGGGCAGAGCCCCUCUGUGGAAUGCAAGUGGGUCUAGAGAUAAUGAGUUUAGUGGCACAACUGGGACCAGACGAAAGAGAAGCAUGGCGGACUGGGAGGCUAAUGAUUCCGUUGGUUCAGGACUGAAGCGACAAAAGACGUCACCGUUUGUCGUUGGUUCACGUGAAAUACCAUCUGUAGCUUUAACGCUAAGAAAUUUGGCUUCCGACCCGGAUGCAGGUGGUACUGAUGAAGAGAGGACAAGACAACGCGUGGGGCGCGAACUUGAGUUUGGGUGGAAGACGAAGACGGAGAAAAAGGGUGGGACAAUAAUGGAGAAGCUGCUGCGAAUCGAGGAAAGCUGUCGCAUCAGACAUGCGCCUUUUCGCGACGUAAUUGGGGACAGGAUGAAGCGAAACUAUUUUGCACGUUCAGGAGCGUACUCUCCCAUACGAAUGUUUGACAUGGGAUCCAAGCCGACGACGAUAAAGGCCUUGCCGCGAGAUGGAAUGCAGAGGCGUGCGAAGCUCCGAAUUCUGCAUGCGCGGCGACCACAAAACACGAACAAGAUGACGGCGGAAAGCCUCCGUGAGACUAUGCAGAUGGCUGCGAACGUGAGGAGGUGGCGAAACGCAACCUCUCCGUUUGGUCGACUUAGCGAUGGCCGUGCGAAACGGAAGAGCCCGUCACAUGCUGGAAUGCAAGGACGAGAGUUGCAGUUUUCCGCCGAAGGUAGUCCGGCAGGAAAACGAAGGAGGCGGUAAAGGAAAGCUCUGCAUGUCAGACUCUGAAACGUGGGAAGGGCCCUUGGCUUGAUUUUUGCUUAAUGCCAAAUUACAGUGGGCCGCGUGAGGGCCGAAACUAGAUUAAACAGCAACUAGCUCAACAGCAACUAGCUCAACAGCAACUAGCUUAACAACGACUUGCCCGCGCCAUUAAGAAUCCAUGUGGAAUCAACUCGUGGCGAUGAGAUGCAAAUCGCCGGUGCGCAAACCAAGAUCAUCUCGCGCGAAUGCGUCUGCAGGAGAAGGAAGGAAUACAUUUAGAAACCGCUGAAAUCACCGCUUGUAGAGGUGACACGAAGGAAAACAAAAAAAACUCAUACUAAUCGACAAA